AGAGCGCGGCCCACUGGCGGCGGUGGGCAGGCUGCUGCUGCUGCUGAAGAGGAUAUGAGGAGCAGCCGCGGAGGAAGAGGACUCCAGUCCGACCUUGUCUGGCUCACGGUCCCGCGCACGGUUUGUGCGUAAAAACGCUGCUAAAACAGUUGGCGGCGUUUUAACGCCCCUUCAGGCGCGCACAACUCCGGCCUUCAUUCAUGUCCUUCUGGGUUUUUUAACCACUUCUGGGUAACGUGCACUGGAGAGCAACACUAUACUCCAACCCUCUUCCGCAUAUUGGAUUUCUAUGCUGAGAGAAGGUCGCCCAUGUCCCUCCAAGGAAUCGGGAAAUGAAGAUUGCUGCUUCCACGGACUCAGUACAUUUUUGACUUUUAAAACGUUUUCUGUACAGUUUUAAUCAAAGGAUUUCCUCAACUCUUGAAGCGUUUUUUGCCUGCUGGCGGGGAUUACUCGCUUGCAUCGCUUACAUUUGAAUUUGUGGAACCGGAUUUCGGGACAGGCUUGUGCGUAAGGAGCAGUGCACAUCCGAUCAUAAUGCAUUUGAUUUAGGACACCAUCUGUCUACACAAAGUGCCCAAAUUAAGCCGGGAUGGCGAGCGAGAGUAAUCGUUAUAUUGUGGAAAAGUACAUCUGCCAUAAACUCUCUAAGAGGGGCUACGAGUGGGGGUUCGAUGAUGUCCGGGACGAGGAUGAAGCGGAUAACGGGUCGAUAGUUGCCCCUCCGCCGACUUUGGUGCGCCGGUGCCGCGAAGCCAGCACCGGGCCCGACAACGAGAGCACCCCCAGCCUGUUCAGACGGCUCCCGCAGUCCGAGCCGCACGAUGCCAUCCACAGGGUCCUGCGGGAGGCUGGGGACGAACUUGAGAGAAUGUACCAGCCGGACUUCACGGAGAUGUCGCGGCAGCUCUACCUCACCUCCAACACGGCGCAGAGGCGGUUCGCCGAGGUGAUCGACGAGCUGUUCCGGGACGGGGUGAACUGGGGCCGGAUUAUCGCCUUCUUCGAGUUCGGGGGCACGGUGUGCGUGGAGUGCGCGGCCCGGGAGGAGAUGACAUCGCAGGUGGACAACAUCGCGGAGUGGAUGACAGAGUAUUUGAAUGGACCUCUAAACAGCUGGAUUAAAGACAACGGGGGAUGGGAUGCCUUCGUGGAGCUGUACGACCGACACGGGGAGUCCGUCUUCAGCUGCUCCUGGCCCUCCAUCAAGACGGUCUUCGGCCUGGCGGCGAUCGGGGCGGCCAGCCUCACCAUCGGAGCCUACCUGACGCAGAAGUGAACGAGCCCCGCACUCGACUUUGUUCCUCGGCAUCCUGCUCCUCUUCCUCGUGCCUCUCCUUCUUUUUCAAAUCCUUUUUUUAAAGACUCCUCCUGACCCCUCAGAGACAACCUUCAGACUCUACCCAAUCCGGCUCUCUUCAAAGGCCUUCCCUCGGAGAACUCCCUCUUCCUCAGACCCCUUCACGUCAAAACAGACACGUAUCAAAACAACUGAAGGAGCCUGAUGCACGGCCCAUACAGAGCGAAUGACGUCUAGAAAAGAGGCAGCUUAGAUGUAAUCACACUAAGCUGGGCUACAACUGAGGAGAGAGGAGGGCUCAGUCACAUUUCUAUCGUUCUUCUGUUUUUGUUUUGUUCUGCCUGCUUCUGUACUAGUUAUAGCAUGAACGUUGAGUGUUAGUGUAGACGCUGCAUGUGUCAGAGAGCUCUGUUUGAAGGCCUUGAUGAUGGGCGUGCAGGGACGACCAAGAUGAUAAUGAUGGCACCCCCACGCCGGAGAGGACGCGGCCUCAAAACCGCCCCCCCCCCCGCUUGUUAGGACGAAGAACCCUGUUUGAACUGUGGACUCCAGUUUGCCCCCUACAGCCGUCCUUCAAAGGACUUCCUCCACAGAACAGCUGCUCAGAAUCUAUAAUGGAAACAUCUCGCUAGAACCAGCACAGUGUGUGUGCAUGUGAGUGUGAGUGUGAGUGUGUGUGUGUGUGUGUUUGUGUGCUGCUUUGGCUCUGUGGACAGCUCCAGUGAACACUGUACACACUGCACCAUUAUACUCUCCCUGGGCGGGACAGUGGAGGACUUUUUUUUUCAAAGCUCCUUGUUUGCUAUUUUUAUGUUAAUUUAGAAUUCUUGCAUCACACUAAACCCCAGCAGAGAAAGAGGGUUUUAUUUAAGGAGAGGAAAAACCUGCCAGAGCGGUGAAGAAAAAUGACAUAUACUGCAAGAAAUGAUGAGCACAACACAAAACAGCGAGGUAGACAGGAAAUAAACAUUGCAUUUCGGAUUUUAAUACGAGAAGAGUGCACUCCUCAAGAGAAGUCAGUGUCAACACUCCUCUGCUAAAUCAUUCCCCCUCAAAAUCCCCCCAAACCGCCCUCGCUGUCGGCUCUCAGCGACCCUGAAAAAGCCGUCAGUUCUUUUGUAUUUUCUACCUCUGUUGCAGUUUUCUUCCUCCCUUCGCUCGGUCCACCCAGGUUUCAGAGACACGACCCAGCCAACAUGUGUCCUGCAGCUGCUGAGGCCCCACAGAAACUCUGUCAUCACGCUAAAGAAUCCACUCGGACGUUGACGUGGACUGAGAGAACCUCGCUCGGCCACAGACGGCUGUGGGUUCAGCGCGAAGGCGGCUUGUCCCGAGCAGCUGGGACCUGAGAGGUCCCUUCUCUGCAGAUUCAUCCACUCAUUGAUUUGUUCCUCUCAGCCUGAUAUUUGAUUUCAUCGAUGUUUGUCUUGUGUUACAGUCGGAUAGAAACGUUUUUGGGGCUCACACAGAAUGUUUUAUUGUGAACAGUCGUCGGUUAUGGAAAAGUGGUUUUUCAUUUUUUUUUUCCAACUUCUUUGUUGCAUGGUUGAAAGAUAAUGUCUUCACACAAUGAAUAUUAUGUGUAACCAUAUUUAUAACAGAGUAGGUUAGAGGAUAACAAAUAACAACAAAGAAGUUGCGUUUUCUAUUUAUUGAGAGGUACCAGAUCACAGACUUUUAACUUUUUUUGGUUUUGUUUUCACUUGUUUUUUUCUAUUUCUAUGGAAUCACACUGUAACUACAUUAUUUCCUGGCUGCUAUUAUAACAAGAAAAAGUUUAAAAAGUGAAAUUCUGUGUCGUAUUAAUAUCGGCUUAAGGCUGCUAUACUGUUGAUUUAAACCUUUAUUUACAGCUUAAACUGCCACAAAUUAACAGUAUAGUUCUAGAGAGCUGGAAACCAAAGUUAACUUGUAUUAAUCUUUGAUUUAAAAACAGAAAACAACAACAAAAAAAAGACAGAAAACAAAAGUAGCUUAAUGAGAAUUUGCGUCGCUCCACUGGGUUCAGUGAGGCCUCGUGAUCUCUCUCUGUGGAGGGUUUGUCUAGUGUUACUGUUCUAUAUCAGCUAAACCUUUUGUCAACUUUGUGCUCCGACGAUAACUCAGUGCUUAUCUGUAAAAAAUGUCCACCUGCCAGACCCAAAUGACUUGUCUCCGUUAUCACUCUAAAAACCACCUCCAGCUCCCGGUGUGAGAUAUUCCAGUGACGUGUCUGUGAGAGAGGAACAGAGGCUGAUUUAUGAGCAGGAAUAGGAACAGUUUAACAGCAAUAUACUGUAAGGUUUUUUUUUUAUAUUCUCUGUGCAUAUAUGAAUGUAGGCACUAUGGUUGCUGUACUGUUUUAUGUCUAUAAUCGCAAAACCUGUAGCACUUAAAAAAAAGUGAAUUGUGUUUCUGUUGUUUACUGCUAUAUCCACAAUAAGCUAGUGGGAUCACAUUGUUCCUAAUAAACCAGAUUUCUCAAGCA